UUCAAGCACGGAGCGCCGAUUAGCCUAAUCACAGUUAGAUGGUUUGAGCCAACAUGGCGUCCAAACGGGACAGUUUCACGAGUUGUUCAUGUUGCUACUGACGAGCAUAAUCACAAGGUUUCCAAACUCGGACAAGAUAGUCGAGAGCUCAGAAGGAUGGCGCGGGUGGUGUUCCUCCAUCCAGACCUUGGUAUUGGUGGAGCAGAGCGACUGGUGGUCGAUGCUGCUGUCGCUCUGAAGUCUAAGGGAUGUAAUGUUCAGAUAUGGACGGCCCAUUACGACCCAACACACUGCUUCUCUGAGACCCUGGACCCAGAUCUGCCUGUGGUCUGUGUGGGUGACUGGCUACCCACCAGUGUGUUUGGUUACCUGCAUGCCCUGUGUGCCUACCUGAGGAUGAUCUAUGUGGCCCUCUACCUGGUCUUCCUCAGCGGCGUGGAGUACGAUGUCGUCUUCUGUGACCAAGUGUCAGUGUGUAUCCCGGUGCUGCGACUGUCCCGUCUCAGGAAGAAGGUUUUGUUUUACUGUCACUUCCCAGACCAGCUGCUCACCCAGAGGAAGUCGGCCCUGAAGAAGCUUUAUCGCGCUCCGAUCGACUGGCUGGAGGAACGCACCACUGGCAUGGCUGAUAUGAUUCUGGUAAACAGCCAGUUCACCGCGGGCGUCUUCAGCGAGACCUUUCGUGGUCUGCGAGGAGUCCAGACAGAUGUCCUCUAUCCCUCCCUCAACACGUGCACCUUUGACCAACAGUCCAGUGAAGCACAAGGCCUGGGAGGGCUGCUCCCCGAGGGAACCUCCUGCCUGUUCCUCUCUCUGAACCGAUACGAGAGGAAGAAGAAUUUGGGGCUGGCUCUGGCGGCGCUCGCAGCCCUGAAGAGCAGCCUUCCUGCAAGCCAGAGAGCAGGUAUUCACCUGGUGGUGGCGGGUGGCUACGAUGACCGAGUUACUGAGAAUGUUCAACAUUACACUGAACUGAAAGAGCUAGCAGCGCAGCUCCGCCUGGAGGACUGUGUCACUUUUCUGCGCUCCCCCUCUGAUUCAAUGAAGGUGGCGCUGCUGCGGGGCAGCGCCGCCGUGCUGUACACCCCGAGCAGAGAGCAUUUUGGGAUAGUUCCCGUAGAGGCCAUGUACUGCUGCUGCCCUGUUAUCGCGGUGAACUCCGGGGGCCCCCUGGAGAGCGUGGCAGACGGGGAGACGGGCUUCCUGUGCGAGCCCACAGCAGACGCCUUCUCUAAGGCCAUGGAGAGGCUCGUGAGGGAGCCGCAGCUCCGCAGGGACAUGGGACAAGCUGGGAGGAGGAGGGUACAAGAUAAAUUCUCUCUCCAGGCCUUCUCCGACCAGCUGCACGGGUACAUUGUCAGGCUGAGCCAGUGAGGUGAAAGCUGGAGGAGAGGCAGGAGACGGGUGGAAAAAUGAUCCUCUGCUGAACUGUGAAUUGUCUGUGGAUUACUGGGGUCUGCAGUGAGGUGAAGUGGAUGUCUUAACAGAGAAUGUAUGUGUAAAUGUGCAGGGAGGUGGAGGGGCGGGGGGUAUUAUGAGGACUCGGAGGACAAUCAAUCAGCAUUCCCCUGGAGGGGUUGCUGAGAGGAAAAAAAGGACGGAAUCUCUAUACCAAUUAAGACAAGAGUAACGAGUUUACCUUCCCUAUCUCUGGAAAAAUACCACACCUGCAAGUGUGUACGUAGGUGUGUGUGUGUGUGUGUAAUUGUACAUGUGUAGCAGCACCGCAACCAGGAGUCUAGCAAAUGAACGUACCAAAAGGAUUGAUUGUUAGAGUGAAAUGUUUUGCACUGUUUUUUUUUCUUGCUUUGCUACAGUAGUCUUUGUCUUUGUGUGUUUGGGGGAUGAAGAAGAAGAAUGUAGUUACCACCAUGCGCCAUCAGGCAGUGCACAGUCCCAGAUCGAUAAACAGGAUGCUUUCCGCUACUUCCUGUCCGCCCAGAGCUUUGUUCCCCUCCUCGCAUUCAGAAGACGCUGGCCUGUUCAUGACUCUUGCUGCUGUGUGGAGGUUAUUAGCAGAUGAUAGAGAGUGUUUGGCUUUAUUAGAGGUCUGGUUGAUGGGCAGUGUGACUUUGUCUGGGUCAUUAUCAAGAAGGAGAAUAGCAGAAGGUCAUUGUGUCUGGCCUCCUACUGUAUAGAAAUGCUCUUAUUGACAUUCCUGAAGUCUUAAUAAACAAGAGGACACAUACUUUCCUGACUCUUAUGGGAUUUGCUUUGUUGGUAAAGUUUUUUCGUCUUCGCUAAGGAUUUUGCGGGUGAGCGCGGAGGCACAGAAACGUUGUUAAUGCUGUGCCAUCUUCUUUUUUCUUUUCAUUGAACAGUUUUGAUUGUGUCUUGCGUUGUGAAAUGAAACAUUCUCAGACAAUGUAGCAGCCAAAGAGUUUUAUUUUUGUGACAGAUGUACGUGAGAUGCACCGCAGAAGAUCCUAAGUUUCUGUCUCCGUCUGUUCUUCGGUCUCCAUCCAUUGCUCUGUCUCCAUCCGUUGCUGCAUUAUCAUUUGCAAAGUUUGAGAUGUAUCCCCAUGCACGUCGUUCUUUUUCUUAAAGGGAAUCUAAAAAAGAGUAAAUACAAAAAUAUAAAUAUAUUAAAUUAUAGGCUGAUUCAUUGGCUAUAGAUUUAAUAUUUACAACGCCACACAAUCUCUUUCACUCGGGUGUCGUUGAACCAACCUGGUUGCACACGGCGUUGCCGUAUCGAACAAAUGUGGCGAAAUGCUCGCUGUUGAAGUUCAUCAAGUCGUAUUUGAACUCCUGGUGCAGAAAAGUCUCACAGCGCUUCUUCAUCAUCUCUUCAGGAGAUGGAGCCAGGUUGUGCUUGUUGUUGUUGACCCUGAUACGAGUUCCUGGAGGAACUUUGAUCUGCGUAAUGCGCUGCGUGCAGAUUCUGGUCUUCCUCAAAACACGAUCACCGUUCGACUUCGGAACCAUUUGUUGAAGGAAGCUGCGGCAGGCUCUCUGUGUCAUGUUCUCAUCUUACAAUUACAGGAAAAAAAAAAUGAAUUUCAGUAAAAUAAACCUGGUAGAUUUGAGUUUUCUGAGUAACACAUGU